AUAGGCUGAGACGCUCAAUCUGCGUUUCCGGAGCGACUCGGACAACAAUAACACUGCUGUUUGUUUUUUAGGAGGAUCAUCUGCGCUUCAUUUCCGUACUCUGCUCCCUGAAGACAUGGCAGCCUCGGCGUUUGUCCUGCUGAUCGUGGCCCUGUCUUUUAGCUCCGGAUCCUCCAGGCUCAUCAUCGACCCUGUGUCUUUAAUCAGUCAGGCAUCUCUGACUGUGGAUAUGUGUCCAGAAUGCAGUGAGAUCAUUCAGCUGUCCACUAACAUGAUUUCCAGCAGUGACACUAAGGAGACUGUGUACAAAGCCCUGCAUGCUUUGUGCCAGCGCCUUCCCAAAGAACAGGCGUAUGAAUGCGAGGCUCAGCUGAAGACUUACCUACCAAAGGUCCUGCAGCAAACACCUGCACACCUGAAACCACGAGAAACCUGUGAGGCUUUUGGACUCUGCGCUUUGGGCAACAAGGAAAAACAGAAACUUCUCCACUCUGAGACCGAUAAAGCAGAAUCCAGCUCUGCACUCGCUUCUGAAACUAAGGAGCAAUUCAAUCCGGUUUGCACCCUGUGCCUGUUUAUCAUAAAGAAGCUGGAGACUCUGUUGCCUCAAAAUGUGACUGAGGACACUUUGAAGGAGCUCAUGGGGGAAGUCUGUGAUCUCAUACCAAAAAGCUACAAAGACCAGUGUGAUGAUUUUGUCGACAAAUACGGCGUGGAGAUCGUGGAGUUUCUUUUGUCCUCUGCCGCGCCUCACACCAUCUGCACUCUCCUGCACCUCUGCUUGUUUAACGAGCAGCCCGUUCCAGAGGUGAUCAAGCCCCUGGACUGUGAGUCCUGUCGCACCCUGGCCGUGCUGAGCCGACUGCACCUCGGCCUCAACGCCUCUGAAUCUCAGACUUCUGCCUUCCUGGACUCCGUGUGUGACCUUCACCCCCGUGCCAUUCCCAAGUGUGAUGCCUUCACCAGAGUCUAUGGCUCACAGCUGCAGAAGGUUUUGGGAAACCAGAUGGACGCUCCACAUGUUUGUGAAAAAGUGGAUCUGUGCAUCGCCUCAAAGAAGGUGGAGCUGCUGGGGAAGAAUCACUGUACUUGGGGACCGAGCUACUGGUGCAGAGACAUCGAAACUGCUCAGAAAUGUGGCAAUCAGGCCUUCUGUGAGAGAUACAUGUGGAAGAAGAAUGUGUGAAGCACCCUGCAAAGCCGACUGCAGCGUUCAAUUUAGGAGCGCACGAUGACUCACUUUCUUCAAAUGUGAUGUGUUGACAAGCAAUGAUAUUUUAGAAAUGUUACGCACUAACAAGCUACUUAGUUUCCACGUAAAUGAUGAGUUUCACAUGCUGUUGUUGAUGUCCAUGAAUCUCUAUGAUGAAGUAUUAAGGUUUGCAUGAAGUCUUACAAAACUGAGGCUGGGCUUCAGUCAGAAAUUUCUGUUUGUGCUGUGAUUUGUGAACAUAGUUAAGAUUAUUACUGCAGAUGCACUAUGAAUGUGAGAACGUGUAAAAGCCAUCAGAUGAGCUCUUAUAUCUUAAAUGGCACCAGAGAACUACUUCACCUGCUCUAUAAUUCUUCUGAUGACAAUCCUGGACUCAGAUGACCACAUAGCAAUAAAUCAAUAAAACUUCUGAAAUGACAUAAAACCAAGGUUGUGUUGGUAAAAUGUGACAUGCAGUCAGAUCUGUGGAUUAUAUCUGGUUUAUUAAGAAACUUCAACAUAUUAAAAACAUCAAACUGUGAAGAAGACAUGUCAACAUUUACAUGUGUUUGCUUUUUUUUCUGAGAUGUACAAAAUGUCCAGAUGUUCUCUUGAAACUCUCAAUGCCUGAUUGUAUAAAAAUCACCUUGGAGACCCAUUGUAAAUCCAAAUAAAUGACCAAAGGUUUGCUGAUCCACA